AUGUAUCCGGGCAAUGUGCGUCCUGCUAUGCAGGGAGAGCCACGUGUCAUCCAGAUGCAAGUUGGUCAUGGUGGCUUUCAUCGCUACCCUUCCAGGCCGCAAGGUGGGCGGCCCAUGGCUCACGCCAGUUCUGCGCCCACCACGCGUGUCACCUCGCCCAAUGGCCCUGUGGGAGCUUGGGAAGGCAGCCCCAACCACUUCAAGCCCCGCGCCGGCGACCGCUCACCGCUGUCAGUCUCCGGCUCUCACGUCGCUCCUCCUCCGGCUGGCCAAGUUCCGACAGGGCCCCAAGUUCCUACAGGCCCUUCGCCACCGGGUGCCGCACGCUCAUCCUCUCCUGGAACGCAAAGGCCUCGAGGUUCAUGCGCUGGUCCAGCUCAGCGAGGGGAUCGCUUGGGUGUGGUGGAGGAGGAUGUUCAGGGCUCUCCGAGCCCACGAGGCCCUGUGCAAGGCGCUUCCGUUGCUGCACCAGCGCAGGUGCGGGUCCCGAAUGCGAUUGCCAGAAGCCCAUCGGUCCAGAAUCGAGGUUCCAGCGGCACACCUGGAGCUGGCGUCACUCGCGAGGCGAGUGGGCAGAUGCCUAGCUCGGCCCGUCAAAGUGUGAAGGAGCCGAAACGGUCGAUCAGCGCAGCCAGUGCCGGGGGCUCCCAGCUUUUGAGCACCAGCCAGGGCAGUGGCAGUGAAAGCAGCUCCAUGGUGAGCAGCACCUGGGUGAUCGAAACUCUCAAGAAGUCCUUGCGUGAGGGCACUGGUCCAAGGCACUCUGUGACGGGCCCUUCGAUGCCCGUGGGGGACCAGGAGUUGCGCCUUCUGCGACAGGAGAUCAGGAUGGAAACGGAAGCACGCAAGCAAAUGGGGGUGCAAAUCGACACCUUGCUCCAAGAAGAAAAGAAGAAGAGAGAUGAGGCAUUGCGGCAGCAGCAGCAACAGACGGAGCAAUCGGAAGCUCGACUGGAGCAGCGGUGGCACACCAACCUGAAGGAGGAAUCGGCGCUGCGCCGAGCGGUGGAGAGCCACCUCGAGGCUAGGCUGGUGGCCAUGCAGCGAGAAGUGCGCCUGGAAGUGGGCUCUGCCGCUACUCAAACACAGCAGGUCCUCAGCGAGUUCGGGCAUUUCCGUGACAGCAUCCGGAAAGAGCUGGACAUGCAGAAGCUGGAAAUCAGCAGCGCCAGUGCUGACCUGUCCAGGUUGGUGGAUCAGCUGCGCAACUCUGGCCGUGGAGAGACGGUGUUGGCGCCCUCCGCGGAGUCCAUCACCGAGUCGCUGGUGCGCGCGGAAGUGCGGCGCCAGCUCAACGAGAGGUCCGCAGAAAGUGCCAGCGAGGCAAAUGCCACAGCUCCUGCGCUGCAGGCCGUCGUCGGCCGCGUGGACCUGCUGGAGAAGUCCCUGGAGACGGAAACCAGCAGCCGCCAAGAGGAGAGCAGCAAGCUGUUGGCCACCCUCCACGAGCUGGUGGCGGGUGGCCGCCAGCGGCAGGAGGAAGCCUUGCAGACGCUGGAGAGGCGCCUGCAGGCACAGCUUGAUGCAAUCGCCAUCGAGGCCCGCGGCUGCCAGCAGGAGCUGGCAGAGGAGAAGAAGGAGUGGCGACAGGGCCUCCAGCAAGAGACGAAGGAACGAGAAGAGACUUGCUUCGCCGUACUGAAGUCGUUGGAGGACAAAAUUGCAUCAGAGCAGAAGAACGUCCAGGAGCAGCUCACUGCCCUGCAGCUCGCUGCGCAAGAAACUUCGCACAGAGCUGAGAAGCAGAUUCAAGGAAGCCUUGAAUCAAGCGUCGCCAGCUUCGUGGAAAGAAGCUCCAAGGAGCUGAUGACGACGCGCCAGGAUCUCCUGGAGCUCCGGGAGGAGUUGCAGGAGGUGGCCCGCACGGGCAAGGAGAACCUGGAGCUGGCUGUGACGCGGCUGGGCCGCGCCGCCCCGGAGGCUCAGGACUCAGGAGUGCGCCCGGGCGUGGAGGACGUGCAGCGGCUUAUUGAUGGCCAGACGAAGCUGCGGGAGGAGCUGUGGAGCGAUGUGGACCGGGUGCGGAACGAGCUUCGCCUUGAGGCCACUGCCCGCAAGGAGGAUGUGCAGGGGGUGAGGAGCAGUGUGGACCGGAUCCGUGAGCAGAUGGUGAGCCAUUCAUCCUUGGGGUCAGGCGUGUCCAUUUCCGCUUCUGACGACGUGUUGGCGGCGCUAUCGGCGGAGCGCGUGGCGCGAGAGCAGGGCGACGAGCGAUGCCUAGAGGAGAUGCGGGACAUGGUGCGGGAGGAAAGGCAGAAACGGGAGAAGGACCAUGCCGCCCUGGAGCUCAGGAUGCAGUCAGAGGAGCAGACGCUGUUCGUGGAAAGUGGCAAGAGGGAGGAGCGCGACCGUGACAUCCUUAGCCAAAUCUCCUCCGUCACAGAGGACCUGGAUGCGGUGAAGCGGCAGAUCACCACCGGUCAACAGCGAAAGCAGCUUGAGGAGUUCCAUAAGGUGCAGGAUGGCCUGAAGCAAAGAGUGGCACACUUGGAGGCCCACACGGCCCAGACGCCAGUGCAGCACCUGCGCCCCACCAGUAUGGGAGGCAGCGGGUUGAGCACACCAAGCUCGCGGCCAACCAGCGUGGGGCAGAUGCAGUGGCCCAUGAACUGCAGGGUGGGCCACCCAUGA